UGAAGUAAGGUUUGUGGCAACAGUGACUCGGUGAUGUAAACACACAUGAGUGGCCUUUAAACUGUCUCCCUCGUUAACCUUAUAAACUACUGUAGCAGAAUGAGUUUAAUACCAAAGAAUGUCCAGGAGUUUAGUUCCAAGCAGUACUGGAAUACUUUCUUCUCUAAAAGAGGUGAUAAAGUAUUCGAAUGGUAUGGGGAGUAUCCAGAGUUGUGUGGAAUACUUCACAAGUACAUCCGGACUAAAGAUAAGAUUCUUGUGCCGGGUUGUGGCAGCUCAACUAUUAGUGCUGACUUAUGCAAAGUUGGAUACAAGUUUAUUACAAAUGUGGACAACAGUGAGAUUGUUAUCAAGCAGAUGCAAGAGAAAUAUUCCUCAGGCUUGCCAGAUAUGAAGUGGCUGCAGAUGGACAUUACUUCAUUGUCGUUUGAGAAUGAAGAAUUUACGUGUGUACUGGACAAAGCCACACUUGAUGCCCUUAUGACAGAUGGUUCCUCUGAAGUCGUGUCUUUUGUCAACAAAUACUUUGCUGAGGUGAGCAGAGUGCUGCGAGUGGGCGGACGUUUUGUGUGUGUUUCUCUCCUCCAGGAGCACAUUCUUCAGCAUGUUCUCAACUGGUUUCCUCGUAAUGGCUGGAUGUUGAGGAUUUGUAGGUGUGAAGAUGCUGAGAAGUCACAGUCAGACUCUGGCAACUUCUCCUUCCCGGUGUUUGUUGUUGUUUGUACCAAGUUCAAGCAGAUGCCUAACACGACACCAGUUAUUGAGCUUCAGCUUGACACAGAGACUGUUCAGAGAGCAGAUAGUGCUGAGCGAGCAGUGCAGAGCGUUCGUGAACUCCAGCAAUAUGCUCUACUCCGUCAUACACUACAUUCACAGCGCAUUGCUGGUGAGGACACAUCAGUGCAUCUGUGUGACCCAAAAACUGGCCAAACAAGAUACAUUCUUCACAUAGUUGACUCAGUAAAGAAGUCCAACACCAUCAAAUUUGCAGUGUUUAUUGUCCCUCAUGGAAGAGAACAUGAGUGGAUGUUUGGGAGUGCCAAAGGAAGGGAGAAGCUGGCAGAGAGCGCUGCAGCAUCACGCCUUAUUGUGGUGCACCUUAUGAGGGACCAGAGCUAUCACAACCUCCAGGCAAUACAAGAUGAACUGUCCAGCAAAGUUAUGGAAUUAGCUCCUUCUAGAUUACCAUCACACACUAAGGUGCCCUUUUUAUCUGUGGGUGAAGACCUUGGCUCGAGGAAGGAGAUCACUCGUGGCCACAGUCAAUACUCCGGUGAUUACAUUGUGGAGGACGUCCAGACUCCCGGAGCUCCUAAACUUAGACGACUCAUAUUCCUGGACAACCAGAAUGUUGUGCAGUCUGAAGCCAAGUUGAAAACAGUUCGAGAAAAGAAGAAAAAAGGCGGAAUAAAGGAGAGAGUGACCAUAGACUACUCCUUCCUGUCGUGUCAGCAUCACCUGGCCAUGGUGGCUGGGUUAGGUCUUACACCUCCUGUGUCAGAUCUCCUCCUAAUAGGUCUUGGAGGUGGACCUUUAGCAGCAUAUAUUCACAAGUACUUCCAAAAGGUGAAGGUGACAGCUGUUGACCUUGACCCAGCCAUGGUGAAUGUUGCCGAAGAAUGGUUUGGCUUCUUGCCUGAUUCAAGACUCAAGGUGGAUAUUGGUGAUGGUGUUGAGUACAUCCAUAAAGUAGCAGAAUCUGGAAACAAAUUUAAUGUGAUCAUGUUCGAUGUAGACUCCAAGGAUUCAAGUUUGGGUAUGAGCUGCCCUCCCCAGGCAUUUGUUGAGAGAAGUUUCUUACAAGUGGUGACAUCCUGUCUCAAGGAAAGAGGUUUGUUAAUUGUGAACCUGGUGUGCCGAGACCAGCAGCUGAAGGCCAGUGUGGUGGAGGACGUGAAGAUGGUGUUCCCUGUUGUUCUCUGUCAGCAGAUUCCUGAAGAAGUAAACUGUGUCCUCUUCUGUUACUUGGCUGGUCAAAAAAAUCCAGAAAACCACAAAGUGAAAUUUGAGAAGAGUCUCCAUACUGUUAACGAAUCUCUCAGGCAACAACAGAAGACCAGUGAAGACAUUUUUGACUUUAAGGAAAUUGCAGAGAACUUGAGUAUUUUAUAAAAGCUAAGUUAUAUACUAAAGAGAUCUGUUGGUACUGGUGAAUACUUUCUAUAUUGUUGUAGACGUUCUUGAGAGAGAAUAUGUUAAUAGAGUCUGUGAUUCUUUA